GAGUCGGGGAGGACGGUUGCUUGGUACUAGUAAGCGGAAGGUAUGGCGGUGGCGCGCGUCGAUACGGCUUUACCUCCCAGAGAAGGGUCAGUGGUCAAUUGGUCAGGGCAGGGACUACAGAAACUAAGUGCAAACUUACCCUGUGAAGUUGAUAUUCAUACUCUGAUUCUGGAUAAAAAUCAGAUUAUUAAAUUGGAAAAUCUUGAGAAAUGCAGACGAUUAAUACAGUUGUCAGUGGCUAAUAAUCGGCUGGUACGGAUGAUGGGUGUUGCCAAACUUACACAACUCCGAGUGUUAAAUUUGCCUCACAAUAGCAUUGGCUAUGUGGAAGGGUUAAAGGAGCUGGUACAUUUGGAAUGGCUGAAUUUGGCAGGAAAUAAUCUCAAGGCAAUGGAACAAAUCAAUAGCUGUACAGCUCUUCAGCACCUUGAUUUGUCAGAUAAUAAUAUAUCCCAGAUAGGUGAUCUAUCUAAAUUAGUAUCACUGAAGACCCUCCUUUUACAUGGAAACAUCAUCACCUCUCUUAGAAUGGCACCUGCAUAUCUACCCAGAUGUCUUGCAAUACUUUCUUUGGCAGAAAAUGAAAUCCGCGACUUAAAUGAGAUAUCUUUUUUGGCAUCCUUAACUGAACUGGAACAAUUGUCGAUCAUGAACAAUCCUUGUGUGAUGGCAACGCCUUCCAUUCCAGGGUUUGACUAUCGACCGUACAUUGUCAGCUGGUGCUUAAACCUCAGAGUUCUGGAUGGAUAUGUGAUUUCUCAAAAGGAAAGUUUGAAAGCUGAAUGGCUCUAUAGUCAAGGUAAGGGGAGAGCAUAUCGCCCUGGCCAGCAUGUUCAGCUUGUCCAGUAUCUGGCAACAGUCUGUCCUCUCACUUCUACACUGGGUCUUCAAACUGCAGAGGAUGCCAAACUGGAGAAGAUUCUGAGCAAACAGAGGUUUCACCAGAGGCAGUUAAUGAACCAAAGCCAGAAUGAAGAGCUGUCUUCUCUUGUUCCUACCGAAACAAGCGCACCCCUUUUACCUGAGCAUUCAAGCCCUAUUCAAGAUUGCCAAAUAGUCCAAGAAAAUGAACCUGUCGUUCAAGUCAAUUCUUGGGUUGGGAUAAGCAGUAAUGAUGAUCAGUUAUAUGCUGUUAAGAAUAACUUUACAGCCUCUGUGCACACUGCAAGAUAUUCUCGAAAUGACCUGCACUUGGAAGAUAUUCAAACAGAUGAGGACAAGUUAAACUGCAGUCUUCUUUCUUCAGAGUCUACUUUUAUGCCAGUUGCAUCAGGACUUUCUCCAGUUUCACCUACAGUUGAGCUGAGGUUACAAGGUAUUCACUUGGGUCUAGAAGAUGAUGGCGUUGUAGAUGAAUCUGUGAAAGGACUGCGAAACCAAGACAAGGAUAAGAAAGGGGAAAAAGCCUUCUGUGCUGCAAAUGAGAAUUCUGUUCAAGUGAUGAAAAAUGCAAUCACUACUGAGGUAAAUGAGAAAAAGGAACUGUUAUCAUGUCCUGAAUCAACAGUCACUAGUGCUGUCUUGAAAGAUGACACUCACACAUCUUUUCCUAAGUCAGUUGGACACAGCAUCUUCCAUACACAGGUAAACAGUGAAGAAAAUGUGUUACAAACAGCUUCAGCGAAACUUCCCUGCAGGGUUUUAACCCAGAGAUCUGUUGCUAUGGGAGAAGAUAAAGUGGCCCUUCAGAAAUUAAAUGAAGCUGCCACCAAGCUUCAAGCCUGUUGGCGGGGCUUUUAUGCCAGGAACUACAACACUCAAAGCAAAGAUGUGCGUUAUGAAAUCCGUCUACGUAGAAUGCAAGAGCACAUCAUCUAUCUGACUGAUGAAAUUAGAAGGUUAAAAAAAGAAAGAGAUGAAGAACGGAUCCAAAAACUAGUACAAGAAGAGGCUGUCAAAUUCCUCUGGAACCAGGUAAGAUCUCUACAAGCUUGGCAGCAGACAGUGGAUCAGCAUCUAAGUUCUUGGCACACUGAUAUUCCUCCUAUAUCAAGUACUCUGGGGCCAUCUAAACUUCCAUUGUUUACCCAAAGUCAGGAACCUUCUUCUAAUCAAAAUUCUGAUUGGUUCAUUGCUCCUGAUGAAGUUCCUCAAGAGAAAUCCUUACCUGAAUUUCCAGACUCUGGUUUUCAUUCCUCCCUAACAGAACAAGUUCAUCGUUUGCAGGAAUUUUUGGAUUUUGAAAAAAGUUCUACAGAAGGCAGUGAAAGUUCCAUAAUGGGGAAUUCCAUUGACACAGUCAGAUAUGGCAAAGAGUCAGAUUUAGGGGAUGUUAGUGAAGAACAUGAUGAAUGGAGUAAGGAAAACUCAAACAAUGAGCAGGAAAAUAGUCUGCUUGAACAGUAUUUAACUUCAGUUCAACAGCUAGAAGAUGCUGAUGAGAGGACAAAUUUUGAUGAAGGGACAGGAGAUAAUAAACUUUGCAUAGCUCAUUCCCCUGAAAAGUUAGAUGCCUUGUCUGAUAAUGCUUCUGUAGAUGAUGCUCAUGGCCUCUCUCCUUCUUUGCAAGCUGAUAUCAGCCAGACAUCAGAGAACUGUGAAUUAAAUGCAGACGUUCAAGAGCAGCAGCCAGAAUGUGAUUCUACAUUUCAGGUAUUACAUGUUGGUAUUACUGUGUAGCGUGUCUGGUUACUUGGGAAGCAGAAGUCCACUUAAUUUUUUCUUAAUAUUUUUAGUUGCUUUCUGAAGGGGAAUAUCCUCCCAAUUUUAUUACUAUUUAUAUAGAAUUUGUAUUCUUAUCUCAUAUUUUCUGUAUUCCAGAUACAGAGCUGCAUCUUUAUUUUUAUUUUGUUGCCUUUUGCUUAGCUGUAAUGCAUCAGAUAGUUGAACUGAAAGAUGUAUGCACUUUAUUUCUUAAUAACUGUAAUGCAUUAACAGUAUUCCUUUUUCUUUUGAAGUAAAUUCCUUUCAGAAAUAAACUAGAAUAUUUUAAAGAAGAUAGAAGUUCUACCUUAAAAUAAGUACUUCUUCUGUGAGGAAAAUUCUGUGAGGAAAUUAAUUUUGUAGUAAGGAAUACAGUUUCUUAAAUAUAAAGGGCAAAUAUGAGAAUUAUGAACUAUUAAAAUUUGCCAGCUUUCUUGGAGUAAAAACAUAAUUUUUAAGCAGACUAUUUUUCAUCCCUUAUGACUGAAGGAAAGCCUUGUUAUUAUAGCAAAUAAGGGGAAAGGUAAGAUUAUAGACUUUUUCAGUGAGGAUAAUUGAAUUGUCUCAUGUACAACUCUAGUUAAUAUCAUGUAUCAGCUCUAACAUAUGAAGCAGUGUUACUUCAGGUUCAAAUCAAGGUUAUUUAAAGAGCCAACCCAAGAAUUUUCUCUUAGGUCAGAAAAGAGCAGAGGCUAGGUUCCAUUCACUUGGAGUAAUGACAUGACAAGCAUAUUUUUUCUCUUUCAUUUAGUAAUUUUUUACCCUCUAAGUAAACAUUUAUGUGCUAGUAAAUGCCAGAAAUUAAUAGAUACUCAUCUUUGUUCCUGCUUUAUAUUUGCUCAUGUACUUUAGUAGAAGUCAUUUUCCAUUUACUUCACUUUUGACCUCUGCCUCAUGGUGAAGAACAUUUAAAAUAACACUAAUGAUAUAAUAUGAGGGGCUUAUUAAAAAAGAACUAUUUUCUGUCUGAAUCUCUGAAAAAAGUGCCACAUUUGAAAAACAAGUUAAUAAUAGUGGUUAAGAAAGUAAACCUCAUUUUAUUUGUUUAAAAGAACAUGUAUCUGUAACUUCAGGAAGACAUGAUAAUGUGUUUCAGUGAUACAGAUGGGUACAUUUGCAAAUGAAGGAUGAAAAUUUUUCCAAGUUUGGUUUUUAGUCUUUGAGGAUAUUCUAGUCUGAUUUCCCCAUCUAUGGACUUAUAACUGUUUAAAACUAUGGCAAUACUUAAGUGUUCUCAAAAUUUAGGUGCUAAAUAUAUACUCAUUAUUUUGUUACAGUCAGAAGCUUCUCCUGUUUGAAGUUAUAUAAAAUAAAACCUUCCGAUCCUUCAAGAAUAAAGUCAGGGAUCCCAUGUUAUACUCUGUUGUUAGUCAAAAACUAUUGCUCCAGUAUAGGUAAGAUGUAUUUUUCAAGGCUUAUAAAUUUUAUCACUCAGGUUGAAAAGUCAUGGAUUUUAUUCUCAGAAAUCCAGAAUCUCUUAGAAAGAAAUAUUUUCUGUUUCUUAUAAACAAAACAGCAAUCUUACACUCAAGAGGAUUUUCCCUAGUGAAGCACGUGUAACAUUGAAUGCAUGUUAAACUACAAACAGAAUUUUUUACUUUUUGAACAAUGCUUUUAUGAAUGAUUUUGAAUUUCUCUUAAAUAUACCUUAUUUUUCUAUGUUACAGGUAAGUGCCUCAUUUGCUUCCCAUAGAAAGAAUAGCUUGCACUGCACUACUACCAAAGUAGCUACUUCCUGGUACAUUGGUUUCUUAUAAAAGCUCCAAGUGUCAUGGCUCUGUAUUACCUACACAGGUGUCUGCUGAUACCUUUCUCCUUCUUUUAAAAAAUGUGACAAAACACAACUAAGUGAUUAUUUUAAAAGAAUUUCUUUUAAAGUUGAUAUAUCUACUAUUCAUUUAUAAUACUCUGAAUUUCAGGAGUGUAGCUUCACGCCUUGGCAGCCAUACCCACCAUCAAAGUUCUAAUUAUCCUUCACCAGUGUCCAGUUGGCCCUCACUAUCCAUCCCCUCCAACUACCCCUUACACCUUUCCCCUCAUAAAACAUCAUUUUGGUAUUAGUCUAAGGGCUUGUUUCCUUUUUUUGUUUUGUUUGUUAGUUUCCUUUGAUAACUACAUUAUUUUGAACAUUAGUAUUUGUCAGCAAGAGUUCCCUUUUUGCUUUUGCUUUGUUUUUCUAGCCAAUAAAUAUUUAGCAUCUUUUAUUUAAAAACCAGAAUAUAAUAAUGACUAAUAUUCUGUUAUUCAUUCUAUGUAACUUUUAUUAGUGUUUUGAAGUGCAAGAAUACUAAACAGUCCCCUACCUUAACUGUACAGAUUAUUUGAAUGUAGAUAGAAUGAAAAUAAUGUAAACUAGAAUAUAGGAAACUUGGAUAGACUUAAUAUAUUUUAAUAGGUCUUCAAUGUAAUUUAAAAACAACUUAAGUCAUUAAGAUACUUGGUUCUAACUCUGGGCUACUUAUUGGUCUGGUUAAAGAGGAAAUGAAUGAGCUUAAUAAAAGUUUGGGGAGUUGUGCUUAAACAAUCUUUGUAACAGAAAGGUUCAAUUCAACUUGCUACUUUAGUUCACAUAUGCUUGAUUUAUGGAAAAAUCAAUAUAUUAAUCCUGCAGAAGCACAGAAUUAUAUCAUGUGAGAAUUGAAAGGAUAAUUAAAUCAUCUGUUUUAAUAUCUAUCUUAAAAAUGAAACUCUUUAUGUCCUAAGAAAUUAAAUGAUUUAUCUGAUCUUACUGAUAGUAGUAAAUAAACCAUGAAACUUAGUUAUUAUAGUCCAAUUUUUUUACAUACUGUUUAUUAAUCUUUAGAGUUAGUGAGCCAGUAAGGAAGUUACAUAUUUUCCAUUCUCUUUGAAAGAGAAAAAUGUUCUAAGAGAGUUAGAAUUCUAUACCUCGAGGUAACAUUGAUUGGAGAAAAUAAUUUAUUCUAAACCCUGAAUGAAAUUUCCAAGAAAUAUGAUUUGUUGUAAAAAGAGUAGAAAUUAAAAAUUUUUAAAAGUA